GACCGAAAAGAUUUCUGAACACAUCCGAUGAUGCCACUUGAUGCACAGCAAUUAAAACUGUACUUCCAUACAGAAUUCCACUGGAUGAAGGUGAAGGUGAAAGUGAGUCGGGAUGAGCGGAGGUAAGUAUAAGCUUCGGUUUAUACCUCAGAUUGCAACCUUCUUCCACCAGUCAUGAUCUUUAUAGUGAACUCUUCAACACGACUCUUAUUCUCGCAAUUGAGCCUUCAACUUUAGUAAUCUUCUCAAUCACCGUCUCCAGAGGGAGAAAAGUUAGCACGCUGGCUACUUCAAGGAAGCGCAAUUACGAAGAUUGUAUUGCAAUGUCGCCAGCCGGAGGCAAUGCAGAAGUUAUCGCCACGAAGGGCGAUGUCAUACUUCAACUAGGCAAAGUCGGAGUCGGAGAUGGAGUACGCAAUGUUCUUGUCUCAUCCGUGGUUCUCAGCCUUGCUUCGCCAGUCUUUGCCACCAUGUUCGACGGUCGCUUCUCCGAGGGUCAGAGUCUUUCUCCGGCUUCGCCACGUACAGUCCCGCUUUCGGACGACGAUCCUGAGUGUAUCACCAUGAUCUGCAAGAUCGGACACAUGCAGACGUCGCAACUUCCGACCACGCUCACCGCCAUAGACUUGUUCAAACCUGCGCUCGUGUGUAACAAGUACGAUUGUGUCGGUGUAGUCCGUGCGUGUGCUAUAAUAUGGGUUGCUGCAUUACUCGAGAUGCCUGCAGCUCAAGAUUUCGAGAAAUUGUUUCUUGCUACACAUCUGCUUGAUCUGUCCGGAGAGUUCUCCAGAGUUUCUCAGAGCUUAAUACGCGAUCAAUCAACAACGUUCAGUAUCGUUAAAGCUAUGGCUGGCCAAGAGUUUCUACCCUGGACUGUGUACCAGUGUAUACUGCUUGGUCAAAUGGCAUAUCGGCAGGAAAUCAACAAGGCAUUUGGUUCGAUUGUCACCGGGAAAGAGAGAUGCAGUGCAUCCCAGCGGUCCACCUGCAUGUUUCUCCACAGCCUCAAGAAAUGCGGCAUAUGGCCUACACACGAUCACUCGGUGCCGGCUAUCAAGUCUAAGCUUGAAAACGUUGGCGAAGCUGCCUUUCCUGCCGACAGCAAGCGAUGUGCAAGCUAUCAAAAUCUCUGUAUCUGUGGGGCUGUUAGUUGUACGAAGAGAAACCUUGUAUAUGAGCUCGACAAGAUCUACAACGCAGUACAGGGUCUUUGUCUGAAGUGUGUUCGACACAAAGCCUUUGGAGAAAGCCGAGCCCAGUGCGGCGCCCACCUGAUAUCCGGAGCUAUGGUCUAUCUUUGACCGUCCUACAAACAUCGCCCCAGAACGCGCAUGGCCCGGUCAUCGUUUGAAGAACACAGUUGUGGAAUUCUAGAAAUUCCUCCAGUCCGUGUGUUUCACAUCGACCAGAGGCGUAGAGCUUGACAUGUUUCGAUAUCUUGCUGGUGCUGAGCUACAAGGUGGAACGGUUCUAACAACUGGUCCGGAGUCAACUCUUUCAUCUACAUUCACGCACACUGCGUCAACACUGGAAGCAGUGCUAUGUAUGCACGAAGCUAUACAAAUCAUACUAGAAAGCACUUGCCGAAUGAACGAGCUAGCGGAUAUCCAUGGUAUUCAACCUCGGUGAAUCUAUCCCAGCAUAUUGCAAUAGUUCCUCACUCUGAAUGGUAACAUAUCCGUAAACAAUUGACAACCAACUCCUAGUUUAUGUAUAUACAAUCCACCAAA